AUGGGUACAGUCGGCAUAUUGUUCGAAAUGUCUAUCGAUCCUUCCGUCUCGUCCGCUCCAUUCGCCUCUAUUGAGCAGGUGAGUUACUUUCAAACAGAAGAAGAAGUCCUCUUCUCUAUGCACACUGUCUUCCGUAUCGGUGAAAUUACUAAAAUUGACAAGAACAGUUCACUCUAUCAAGUGGAACUUAAACUGACAUCGGAUGACGAUGAAGAACUUCGUACUCUUACCAAUCGAGUGCGAGUGGAGACUCCUGGUGACACUGGAUGGAAACGAUUAGGACAACUACUACUUACAUUGCAGUGUUCAGACAAAGCUGAAGCAUUGUACAAAACUGAAGCAUUGUACAAAACAUUACUCCAACAAACAUCCGAUGAGAGUGAGAAAGCACAUUAUUAUACUCAGCUUGGAUAUAUCAAGACUGAUCAAGGUCAUUAUACGAAGGCUAUCGAAUAUUACGAAAAGGCAUAUGAAAUCGAUCAAAAAACUCUUCCUCCAAAUGAUCCUUCAUUGAGUGUUUUCUACAACAACAUCGGUUCGGUGUAUGUAAACCUGGGAGAGCACUCGAAAGCACUUUCGUUUUAUCAAAAAGCGCUUGAAAUCAAACAAGAAACUCUUUCUCCCAAUCAUUCUUCAUUGGCUAUUUCCUACAACAACACAGGUUCAGUGUACAAGAAACUAGGAGAGUACUUGAAAGCACUUUCGUGUUAUCAAAUAGCGCUUGAAAUCAAACAAAAAACUCUCCCACCAAAUCAUCCUUCAUUAGCUACCUCCUACAACAACAUUGGUGAGCUGCAUCGAAACAUAGGAGAGUACUCAAAGGCACUUUCCUUUUACGAAGAAGCACUUGAAAUCUAUCAAAAAACUCUUCCUCCGCAUCAUUAUUUGUUGGCUACUUCCUACAACAACAUUGGUACGAUUUAUAUGAACAUAGGAGAGCACUCAAAAGCAAUUUCAUUUUACGAAAAGUCACUUGAAAUCUUGGGAAAAGCUUAUCCUCCAAAUUAUCAUGCAUUGGCUACUUCCUAUAACAGCAUUGCAUGUUUGUACUACAACACGGGGGAGUACUUGACAGCACUUUCAUAUAUGGAAUGCGCUCGAGAUAUUUUACAACAUUCACUCCCUGCCAAUCACCCAAAUGUUAAGACUCUGCAAGACAACAUUGAAAUUCUAAAACAGGAAUUGUGAGAUUAUGUUUGAUGAAUAAAAUAUGGUUUUUGAGUCGCUGAAACUAAUACCCAAUCAGGAAAAAAAUGCGGGUGGACAUUUUUCGAAUUUUGAUAGGAGUAAAAAGAGAGCUGCGCUUUUCGCCGUCGGAAAAAGGAGAUGGAAAUAUAUCCCAGAGUUCUCGAUACAGCUGCACACACUGGUUGAGAGUGAGGUGUGGUUGUGGUUGUGGUUACGGUAAGAGAUGCACCAAAUCUAAAUCUAGUCAAACCGAAAUUCUGGGUUUGACAGGAUUUGAGGGUGAGGGUGUGGGUGAAUGUGGGUGUGUGGUGGUGUAGGUGUGUGAGUGUGGAUGUGCGUGUGGAUAGUGUGGAUGUGGGCAGUGUGGGUGUGGAUGUGCGUGUGGAUAGUGUGGAUGUGGGCAGUGUGGGUGUGGGUGUGAAAGUAUGGGUGUGGGUGUGGAUGUGGGUAGUGUGGGUAUGGGUGUGAGAGUGUGGGUGGGUGUAGUUGUUCUCUAAUUUACACCCACACCCCACACCCACACCCAUACUCCAAUAGGCAGUAGUACAACCAGGCACAUAUCAUGGCAAAACAAAUCGUAUCGAAACUUUAUUAUUAUGUUAUUAGUUGAAGAAUGAUCAAAUAGCAUAGAAAAAUAGAGCAUUCUCUCUCUAUCAGACUACACAGAAAGAAAGUUUCUUAAAGCUUUUUAUAAGAAACAGCCGAACCUCCGCCACUAUUUUUGGACUGCCCUAAGUAUUUUCAUGGUAAAGCUGUCAAAAGUGCAUGAUUUUAAGAUAAAAAUUUGCUUACCUCUUAUUUACUAGCAUAAAAGUCUUGAAAUUCCCUUGAAAAUCCCUUCGAAAAACUCUUAAGAGAGAGUCCGCGAGAGGACCGAGGAUUCAAGGCGCUGCAUAAAAUUUUGAUUUUUGAUUUGAGGUUCUCUUCUUGUUCAACAUCAUCGAAAACCACCAAAUCCAAAUUUUUAGCUCAUUUGGAUGUACUAUAGAAAAAUUAGACUGAUUCGACUGUGAAGCACUCACUACCUACUAUUCAAAAAAUAGGCAUAAAUCAUUCUAUAAAUGUCUAUCAGGAUUUUAUUUCUACAAGUUAUAGAAUUUUUUCAUGUAAUAUACCAAAAGAUACAGAAUCAAAAGCUGAACAAAAUGAGCUAUUUAAAAUAUUGUAUAUCAUCUCUUUAGUUAGAGUUUUUAGUCCAACAUGAGUACAAACUGGCACAAUUUAUGAGUUUAUGACAUGCGAUUUUUAACAGUAUAUCUGCUGCCAUUUUUCGAAAACAAAUGGGACCACUCUGAAUUUUUGAUAUGUUGUACAGCUUUUGAUUCUCUAUAAAAUGGUAAAAAAACAUUAGAAAAAAAAUGGUAUGUUCGAGUCGAUAUGUGGUUUACAAUUGUCGGCUAUUUGAGAGAUUAUUUAUAACUCUAUGGUAUAAUUCAUAUAAAAUCGAACGGUUUGGCUCAGACGUUUUGUCUUCAAUUAGACACCAUCAUAUAUAAAUAGAAAGUACGCAUCAAGAUCAACAUUUAAACGUUCAAUAUGGAAGAUUAAAUACGGUAUUACUUAGCUCACAUUGAGCUACAGAGUGAUAGAAGACCAUCUAUGAGCCCAUUCAAGAAUCAAGACGUCAGUCAAAAUAUUAUUUUUUCAUUUGAUAUCUUCAUCGAAAUCUAUAUUAUUUGACACUUUCAAAAUUCAAUUUAUAUUGUUUGAAAUUGUUAUAUUGAAGAAUUGGGCAAUAUCGACUUUUACUGACACGUCAAUCGCUAUCCAAAUAAAUGUAUGCAUUUCUUUUCAAAAAUUUAUCCUUCAGAAUUUGACAGAAAAUGAAAUAAUUUUUUAAAAAUAUAUUAGAUAUGGUAAAGAGAUAAAAAGAAAUAAAGUAUCCGACAUAAUUAUAUAUAUAAUAUAUAUUAUCAAGAAAAAAAAGAAAGUGGCGCAACCAGGAUAUUUAGGCCAAUGGGCAAACGUCC